ACAUUUCAUUCACCUUAGAAAACCUGAAGUUAGGUUAUACUCGUACAUAUACAAUCAGUUAAUACAUGAAAACGUCUUAGAGAGUAUUUGUUUUGUGUAAAAAUCAAGAAAAAUGGCCGGAGGUGGAAGUGGUGGGAAGACCGACAUGGAAAGGAUUGGCAUCUUCAGCGAAGUGGGUUACACAACAAUCGGAGAUAAAUAUCCGAAAGUUCACGCAAGUAGUUUGCCCUUCAAUGAAGCUGCUUAUAAAGGCAAACACAUGCUGCCAGGUGGUAGUAAAACUAGGUCAGCUUUACAGGCUGGUUAUUUUGACAAUCAAUUCAAAAGAAUAAUGGAGAAAGAGGCGUACACGGAUCCUAUUAAACUGAGACGACAGCACAGGUUGAAAGAAGGCAAGAAAAAUAUUGGAAAAGCUUUUUUACCAAACAACGGCGAAAAAUUACCGUGUGGGCUUGGAAACCACUACGGAACUUUCUCAGGAACCAUUGGAGCGUUUAGUCCAGUCAGUCGACCACGCAAACCAUACACAGCUCCUGGUCGUAACUUCACCACUAACCCUGCCAAGAAGGGAACUGGAUAUGGCUAUGUAAAUGUUAUUCUUGGCAAGUACCAUGAACAUGCUGUGGAAGCUUACGAUAGAGCUAAGGAGGCAAGAUGGAAAGAGCAACAAGCCCACAAAGGAACAUUAAAGGGCGGACCAUUUAAACUAAACCUUCACCCACAAACUUACUUUGAUUACAAUCCGUACCGAUCCGACCGUGGCCCUGGCCCGGCCAAGAAAGGAUCCGGAAAACUACCGGCUGUUAAACCUUUCAAACCAAGCUCACCUCCCAAAAAGAUUGGCGGCUCCAAAGCUGGUACAUUUGAUCCCUACCCAUCCCAUUCAAAUGAUCCUUACGUAAUAAAGCAAAAGAAAGCGGCAACUACGAACAAAGACGGCAAGCUUUUCCAUCCCUCACAGGGCAUGAAAUCGAGGCCCACAGAUUCAAUAAUGUCGCAAAAUGUUAUGAAGUCCGUACACCGAGACAAUUACAAAAGUAUACGAAGUGUAAUGGCGUAUUAAUCAUAACGAAAAAGCUUUUGUAUUUCGCCAUCUUCCGCAAACGUGGGCUGUUUUCUAAAUACCUGAAUAUUUUUCAAUAUUAAUCUCAAGUCGUUUUAUAUUUUGUAAUACAUUGCUUUCGCGUAA